AACACUACUCUGGGACAAAGACGACGCUGAAAAUGUCUCCGAACAUGACAUGCGAAGCUCCCCAAUCUUUUUCCCCAAAGCUAUCUCUUGCCAAAAGAAAAGAGGCUCUUGAACUGAGAAAGACUAUGAAACCACUAAUGGAAAAAAGAAGACGCGCCGGUAUUAACGAAAGUCUGAACCGCUUAAAAAGCCUAAUCGUCCCCCUCACAGGCAGAGAUCAGUCUCGUUACUCCAAGCUUGAGAAAGCAGACAUCCUGGAAAUGACCGUUCGGUUCCUUGGUGACAUUCCACCUGCUAACACUAAAAGUUCCGUAGAGAAUUACGGGGAAGGUUAUAAUGCGUGCCUCAAACGCGUAUCUGCUCUGCUUCCCCAAACCAACUUGGAUUCAGACGCACACCAGCGCAUCAACGACUUUGUCCAGCAGUCCAUAUCCGCCACCGUCACCCCAACUUGCCUGAACUGCUGCGCCCAGAGCUCGAUGACUUUGCCUCAGAUCCAUCAGAGACUCCUGAGCAUCAAAUCCAGCUUCAGCUCCAGGGUGGGGAGCCAGCAACGCAGCAGCGCAGUGGUCCCCAACCAAGCGCAGUCAGACCCGCAGACUGCCAGCGCUGCAGUGUGGAGAUUUUGGUAGAUUUCUUAAGUGGUUUCCCGACAGCUGUAAAAAGACUGUAAUGUGUUUAAUGUUGGGAAUAAUCUUGAGCGAGCAUUACCUGUAAAUACACACAGUGAUUUAGAGCUUGGUUUCCGUGAUGAAAAGCAA